AUUUUAUUCUGUUAUUAAAUUAUAUUGAUAUAAAAUAGCUUGAGACUCAAGUUGAGAUACUAACUGAUGGAGAUGCUCUAAUUAAUAAAUUUGCAGUUGAUCACGCACAAUCGAUAGAUUACAGACGUUUCACCUACUCCAAGAUUUUUUCACUAUAAAUAACUCCUUUUUGUAGCCUCAUUUUGCUCCUCCCAAAGCAUCACUUCUUUUGCGUUGUGAGCAAAUUUUGAGUUAUUCUUCUUCAUCUUCCAAAAGUAACAAACCUUACUGAAGCAAAUUUAAAAGAUUUUCAACCUCCACUAAGAAUGAAGAAGUAGCUGUGGCACAAAUAUUCAUUAUGACUCUUCUCCUCACAUCUUCUUUGUUCAUAUUUUCAAUCGCUGAUUCACCAUGCAAUGGAAAAUGCAAUGUGAGGUGUUCAAAGCCAGGAAAGCAAGAUCGGUGUCUCAAAUAUUGCAUUAUAUGCUGUGAGAAGUGUGGUGGUUGUGUUCCUUCGGGCACUUAUGGAAACAAAGAUGAAUGUCUUUGUUACCGUGAUAUGAAGAAUAUGAAAGACACACCCAAAUGUCCUUGAACGAUCCCUCGUAGAUAUCAUAUAUCUAUAUACUUAUGAAUAUUACAAUUGUAGUUGAUGCAUGAAAUAAUGAGUUUGAAAUAUUUAUGGUGUAUGGAAAUAUGAAAGAUCUUGAGAAUAAACGAAAUAAUUUUUAUUGGUAACACAAUAAAAAUGUGGAAUGGCGGAAAAAAUUAAGGUGUGGAAUGGCGGAAUAAUUACUUUAUGAUUUGAUUAAUUAUGUGAAAUGGCAGAAUUGUGGAAUGACAAA